AUGACUGCUAUUAAACUACCUGUCUCGCUACCCUUCCCAGUAAUAAUCUCCUCGAUACUAUGUAAACAGGGAGACUCGAUCGAGAAACACAAGGAGAUCUUCAAUUAUAAGUACUGGACCUACCAGGACGAUCCUCACUCAAAAGAGGAGCCUCCCAAAAAAAUUCGUGUUGAAUGUAUAGGCACUUUUGAAAGCCCUAUUGAAGGCGAGGUUAAAAAAAUAAACGUAAGGGCCAAUGAGGAGAUCACUCAUAGCGAUAUCGAUAUCUUGCAUAUAAAGGAAGCCUGUGCCCACACGGUGCAGUAUGGUGGUCUCUGCGCGUUAUGCGGCAAAUCCCUUGACGAGGAAAAAGAUUAUUCCGGCUACGAUUAUGAAGAGAGGGCUACUAUUGCCAUGUCUCAUGACAACACCGAUUUGAAGAUAAGCUUUGAUGAAGCAGCAAAGAUCGAACACGGUACAACCGACAGGUUGAACAAUGAGAAGAAAUUAAUUUUAGUUGUUGAUUUGGAUCAGACUGUGAUUCAUGCAACCGUUGAUCCUACAGUUGGAGAAUGGCAGCUGGAUCCCUCAAACCCAAACUACCCGGCGGUGAAAGAUGUCAAAACUUUUUGCUUGGAGGAGGAUCCAGUUGUUCCUGCAGGUUGGACGGGUCCAAAAUUAGCACCAACAAAAUGUUGGUACUAUGUCAAGGUACGUCCCGGUCUAGCUGAGUUUUUGGAAAAAAUGGAUGAGAAAUAUGAGAUGCAUAUAUAUACUAUGGCGACAAGGAAUUAUGCUUUGGAGAUUGCUAAAAUUAUAGAUCCCGAUGGCAAAUAUUUUGGUGAUAGGAUAUUGAGUCGUGAUGAGAGCGGAUCUUUAACCCAUAAGAAUUUAAAGAGAUUGUUCCCUGUUGAUCAAUCAAUGGUUGUGAUUAUCGAUGAUAGAGGAGACGUGUGGCAGUGGGAAAGCAAUUUGAUCAAAGUAGUACCAUAUGACUUUUUUGUUGGUAUUGGCGAUAUCAAUUCAAGUUUCUUACCGAAAAAGAGUGGGCAGCUCACAGGGCCAAUAAAGAAGAGAAAAUCCAUUGCCAAACUAGAAGCUGCUGCGGAAUCAAAAAUGAAUAAAGAAAAACAAAGACAAAGACAAAGACAAAGACAACUGGGUGAAGGGAAAGAGUGUGAUGGUGAAAGAGAAGGUGAAGAUCAAGGUGAUGAUGAAAAAUGUGAAGAAACAGAAGAAACAGAAGAAACAGAAGUAAUAGGAGGAAUAGGAGGAACAGGAGGAACAGAAGGAACAGAAGGAAGAGAAGGAGACAGAGACAAAGAUGAAGACCUAGAAGGGGAAGGUUACACUGCAGACACUGAAGCUAAGCCUGAUGUGCCAGCGAAUCCCGUUGAUAGAAUUCUUGAGUUGGGCGGCGGCGAAGAUAAUACGAAUCUUCUACUAGCACAGUCACUCACGCGAAAUCAAUCUAUUGAGCAACAACAGCACGACCGACCAUUGGCUAAGCUACAGCAUGACCUCGAGCAGAUGCACGAAAAACAUUCAGAUGGAAGCAAAUCGGUUGAGUCGCUGGAUGAUGCAGAUGAUAGCGAUGAAGAGGAUAAUUUAUUGUAUGAUGAUGACAAUGAACUCAUUGCAUUGAAUAAGGUACUACAAGAUGUGCAUCGGGCAUAUUAUGAAAUUUUUGAUAAGAAUUUGGACCCAAAGCCUAAUUUGACUGAGAUAAUACCCCAAAUGAAGAGUAAAUGUUUAGCAGGAAUUACGAUAUUAUUUUCCGGGAUAAUUCCUCUUGGAGUCAAUUUAGAUUCCGCGGAUAUAGUGAUAUGGUGUAAGCAGUUUGGUGUGAAUGUUGUUAAUGAAGUAUACCCAGAAGUCACGCACGUUAUAUGCAAAGAUGUCAGUGAAGACUGUGGGCCUACAUUCAAGGCGAGAGCAGCGCUUAAAUUGUAUGGUGAUUCUAUAAAGAUGGUUAAUCCCGAUUGGUUAUUUUCUUGUUUGAGCACAUGGAGUAAAGUUGAUGAAAAGGAUUAUUUGAUAGCAACUAGUAAUCCAAAAUUGUGGGCUGUAAAAGAAAGUGAAGUUGACCGUUAUAAAAAGAGACUAGAGGAAGCAAGGUCGUCAUUUUCAUCAUCAUCAUCAUCAAUUGGAGGGAAUGGAGAAAAUGAAGGGCAAAAACUAGGGUUGAUUAACUCUUUUGAAGAUUACAAUUUAGAUGAAGCCAAUCAGGAAGUUGAUGAUUUCUUAGCUGGAUUAAGCGAAGAUGAAGAAGAAGGUGAUGAUGAUGAUGAUGAUGAUGAUGAUGAAGGAGAAGACGAAGAAGGCGGUGUUGGUAAAGAAGGAAAAGACGAAGAAGAUGGUGGUAAAGAAGGAAAAGACUCGAAUGGAUUGAAAACAAGCAUAGUCAGUGAAAACGAUGGAAAUAUGGACCUUGAAGAAAAAGAUAAUAAAGAGGAAAAUGAGGAAACCAGCAUAAAUAAUCAUGAUUCAUUUAUCAAAGAUAUUUACAACAAAAAGAGGAAAGUGAUGAGCAAUGAAGAACUCGAUACUAAAAAACAAAAAACUGAAAAUAUACCAGAGCUCAAUGAUGAGUUAGACGAUUUGGAGCAAGAACUCUUAGAUGGAUUCAACGAUUUAGAAGAUUGA